UUAUAGACAGUUUAGAGAUGUGUGGACUGGAAAAAAUGUUUAAAAUACAAUUUGUGUUAUAGAUCUAAAAUAAUCUAGAUAUGAGAUUUACCUAUUCGAAUGCUAGACUACUCUUGAUUAGUUUCCUAGAUUCUUUAUGUAAUAUGUUACACAUUAUCUAGGUCUAGGUGGUGUUCAGGAAAGCUAAAAAAAAGUGAAACUAGAAUUCUCAAUCCAGAAGUAUGUGUUUGUAUGGGAGGUCUAUAUUGGCAGGCCAAUAAGAUAAGGCCACUGUAAUUCAAUGUAACAAAUUAUUAAUCAUCUAGGUGAAAAUUACCUGAGAAGAGAGUUAAAUUGGAAACAGGGUUCAGUAUGCCUCCAAAAAAAAUACGCAUUGGAAAAGUUACACCUGGGGCAAAAAAAAAUGCUCUUCGACGCCGCAAACUAAGAGAAGCGAAAAGACAACAAGAACUUCAGUAUGAAAUGGACAGGCACAACACUCCCCAACAAGAAAUUCCAAAAGUUGUUGAGGACAGCAAAAUGGCAGAAACACCAGCUACUUCUAAGGAUGAGGACGAUGAUGUUGUUAUUAUGGAAGAAGCAGACAUUGAGAAAGCUGAGGUCACUGUGACAUUGGCAGAUAUAACUAAAGCCAUUGCGAUGGGGAAACAAGUUGCUCAGCUCUCAGAAGAAGAGCUGGUGUUGAUAAAGAAAGAGAUAGUUACAUUAGAGACAUAUCCUCUGGAAGAUGGUGUGUAUGACAUGGUGACCUGUAUGAUGGCCAACCCCAAGGCUCUGCUCAACAUACCCAUGAGUGAGAAGGCUCUUGAAAACAUGAUUACUAAUAUCUUUGAAAGCAUUCCUCCUGAAGAGCGGUUUGAUCCAACAGAUAGAGAAUUCUCCAGCAUGGCAUUAAAACUGGAUGUAAUUGAAAAAUCCAACCAGGCCGUCUCAAAGAUCUUUCUGGAGUGCCACACUAAACUUAAACAACUGAAGCAGGAACUCACCAAAGAGCUAGCUGAUGUUGAAGCUGAAAUUGCUCUUUAUGAAAAACAAAAUGAAGAGACUUGUCUGUUGAUAGACAGUGAUGAAGAAAGCGAUCUUACCAUCCUUAAUUCAUCGUUUCCAUCAAGUGACAGCAAAAAAUCACCUCAGAAAGAACCUGCUGCACAAGCAGCUGGUACGAAUGCAGAGAAGCAGCAACAUCAGGAUCUUUCGUCUAUGGAAACUACUGUUUCUGAAAGUCACCCCAAUAUCAAGAAUAUUCUGGGCAGCCCUGCCAAUAAAACCAUUCCUUCCAUUGAUGAGCUGAGGUCAAAGUUUGUAAAUGCAGUGAACAAGUCCAUACCUUCUCUAAUUACCACUUUACAGCACCAAUCUAGCACAGCCUCUACCACUUCUACACAGAACAGUACAUUGACUACCACAGCCAGACAGCAAGCUACACAGCAGCAGACCCAGCCACAGGUUGCCAACAAAACUCUUUCUCUGCAACUUCCUGUCAAGUGGCCCGAACUCAAAGUUCAUGACAAGGUUCUGGGUAAGAAGUUUAAUGAUGUCUGGUACAGUGGUACUAUAUUAGACAUCUAUCCUGCGUCUGUAAAUACUGAGUGGUCCUGUAAAGUCAAAUUUGAUGGUAAAGGGUUGAAGGUAUUGCCUGGAAAACAUGUGGCAUACAGGGACUCCAUUGCCUACUUCAUCAAGGUUGGCACUAGAGUUGUAGCUGUGUAUAAAGAAGAAGAUGCAGCCAAUUCCUUCUAUGCUGGAGUGAUUGCAGAAGCUCCUAGUGCAAAGAAUAACAGAAGGUUUCUGGUCUUUUUUGAUGAUGGCUAUGCUCAGUAUUGUGAUGCUAAAGAACUUCACAAAGUUUACAUGCAGAGUGAAAAUGUCUGGGAGGAUAUUAAUCCUGAUACUAGUGCUUUUAUCAAAGAAUAUCUUCGCAUAUACCCAGAGAGACCAAUGGUCAGGCUUUCCAAAGGUCAAGUGGUGAGAACAGAAUGGAAUGGAAAAUGGUGGACUGCCAAAGUUCAAGAGACGGAUGCCAGUUUGGUAAAGAUGUACUUUCAGGCCGACAAACGUACUGAGUGGAUCUACAGAGGCUCUACCCGGCUGGAACCAUUGUUCAAAGCUCUGGCCAAUGCAGACGCCAUCAAAGCUGCUGGAAGUUCCAGGGGCCGUAGACACAACCUGAACAUGAGGCCAUCUGACACUCAUACCAAGCCCUCUGUAGAGUACACAAGAGGUGUCGUGGAUGAUGAUAGCAACUCCUCUCCAGCCUCCUCACAGAAAGAUAAAGCUAAAGCUACUGCUCCUGUGAGUCGAACAGCUGAGAGCUCAAAGAAGAAAUCUAAUGUGGCUAAGAAAAGUACUGGUGGCAUUGUGCCCACUGUUGGUACUUCAUCCCCUAGCCCUGAACUAUCAGACACUUCUAAAUCUAUCCAAUGGGAAGCACCAUGGACAAAGUACCAAAGAAAAGCUCCUGCAACACAGAGAUCCCAAAGUGUAGACUCCACAUCUCAAGACUCGGACAAAGUCUCUACAACUAGAGAAAAAACCAAGCCUAGCAGUGGGAACUCUCAAAAGUUCAAGGACAUUGCCACUGUCUUGGCUGAACGGCUGGCAGCUUCAUCGACUCCACAAGUGGAAUAUGACGAGGAACAGGCCACAGGGAAGAGAGUGGAGAAGUCUUUUGAGAUCAACGACCAGACUCACGUCACUUUCAAAGCACAUAAAUGUGGUCCAAGCUGUGUGGAUGAAAGAGUUGGGCUGGAAAAGUUCAAAGGUCACAGUUCCCUACAAAUCCCAAUAAUGUUAGGCUGGGAAAGGCAAGUGUGCAAGGCUCGACCUAGCACCAAGCGUUUUAUUGUGUAUCGGGCACCUUGUGGGCUGAGGUUGCGUACCAUUGAGGAAGUGGACAAGUAUUUGUACACAACAGACUCCCAGCUAUCCAUAGAUCUGUUCUGUUUUGACCAAGAGCUGCACGUCAAUACAGAGUUUGUGGCCGUCAAGACUUACUGUGACAUCAAAGAUUUGUCCUACGGAAGAGAAAACUAUCCUGUUUCCUGUGUUAAUGGUGUUGACCGUCACUACCCUGACUAUGUCGAGUACUCUGACCAUCGCAUUCCAUCCAAGGGUGUCACUUUGAACCUGGACCCAGAAUUCCUGACUUGUUGUGACUGUACAGAUAACUGCAGGGAUCGCAGUAAAUGUGCCUGCCAACAGAUGACCAUUGAGAACACUUCAUGGAUAGGGGAAAAAGAUGAAAAUGCUGGCUAUCAUUACAGAAGGCUGCCAGAACCUUUGUUUACUGGCAUUGUUGAGUGUAACUCUAGAUGUAAGUGCGACUCAAGGUGUGCCAACAAAGUUGCUCAGAAUGGCCUGAAAAUGAGGCUGCAGGUCUUCAAGACAGAGAAGAAGGGCUGGGGACUACGCUGUUUAGAUGACAUAGCCAAAGGAAGUUUUAUAUGUAUAUAUGCUGGACAGCUUCUGACAGACAAGGGGGCUAAUGAAGAUGGCAAACAAUUUGGGGAUGAAUACCUGGCUGAACUUGAUUUCAUUGAGGUGGUAGAGAGACAGAAAGAGGGUUAUGAAAGUGACGCGGAUCUCGACUUCUCUGAUGAUGAUAAAGAUGAUAACUACAAAGCUGAGGAUGACAGUGAUUACACUGAGGACAGUCCACCUAGAAGCAGACGGAAACUGAGAAAAAGAAAAGCAGAUGAUUCUGAAUCUGAGACUAAAAAAGAUAAAACAGAAAGUCCUGAGCAAGUUCCAGAACCUACCACCGUGGACAAGCCAAUAAGUAUCUCUGAUGAUGAGGAGGAAGAAGAUGACGAGGAUCCAAAUCCAAAGAAAGUCACAGAACCGAGCGGCCCCUUAAGUCCAGAAGUGACUAAGAAAUUAAGAAGUCGAGCUAAGAAAAGCACUGGGGGCUCAAGAUUCAAUCUGUCGACAUCCUUCAAAACAACUCAAGAAGCCUUACCAGAAAAAGACAUCAAAAAAGAAAGAGCACCAACACGUUCCUAUUUCCUUGACGACACAGAGUGUUAUAUUAUGGAUGCAAAGCUGAUGGGUAACUUAGGCAGAUAUCUCAACCACAGCUGCAGCCCCAACGUCUUUGUGCAGAACAUCUUUGUAGACACUCAUGAUCUCAGGUUUCCUUGGGUGGCUUUCUUUGCUGGCCAGUAUAUCCGUGCAGGCACAGAGUUGACCUGGGACUACAACUAUGAGGUUGGCAGCGUGCCAGAUAAAAUUCUCUACUGCUACUGCGGCUCAGCCACCUGCAGGGGAAGACUGCUGUAGUCAAUGCUCAAUUUUGAUCUUCUUCCUUACAUUCAACACAAGAUAUUAGUAGGACAAUCAGAGUGAUGUAACAAGGAAAGAAUGGCAACCCUAUGCAAGGGAAAAAUGUGGCUUGGAUUUAGCUCCUGGAGUAGUUAAACUACUGUUACUUAUAAAAAACAAUUUUAUAAAAAAAAAAAUAAUAAUGGUGAAAGCUAAAUGAGCUUUGUAUUGUUUCAAAAAAGUUCAAUAUGACUGAAUCUCUUACUGUUUAUACUGUUUAUACUCUAGGAGAGAUCAUGAAUAGUUAAUCUGAAGCCUGUUAGUAGGACUAAAACAAUUGUACUCCAACGUAGUCCAAUAGACUGGAUUUGACUAUGUUUAAGACAAUAAGUUAUCUUUUGACUAAUUUGAUUUUUAUUUUUCUACUGCUUUUAGUAUUGGAAUGUUUGCUUUCAUAUUUUUAUAUAGCUCUGCUCUAUUCAUAUCAAGGGCUCAGGAUGUUCAUAAUCUGUUUUGAAUGUUUCUCUUGUUCUAGUUGCAUUGGACAGCAUAUGUUGAUGAAUGUUUCUCUUGUUCUAGUUGCAUUGGACAGCACAUGUUGAUGAAUGUUUCUCUUGUUCUAGUUGGAUUGGACAGCACAUGUUGAUGAAUGGCUGACUUAGAGUUGAACUGAUAAUGAAUGACUUGAGUGUUGUAUUACUUUUUACUGGUGUUCCAAUGUUUUCAACCAUUUUUGUACUCAUUAGUGAAAACAAAUUAAAUUGUGGUUUUAAAAGUAA